UGGUGACAAAUCUAAAUUUGGACCAGUCAUAGUUCAAAUGGUCAAUAGCCACAUGUGGCUAGUGGCUCCUGUAUUAGCAAGUGCAAAUCUGGAGUGAAAAAGGUGGUAUUUGAGACUAGCAAAAACAUUGUAAGAAAUACUAUAGGAUACAUGGAAGUAUGGUAGAAUACAUACAUUGUAAGCAUCACUAUUUUUUUUGGAUUCAUGUUUCAUAUUCUUUAUGGUUUUCCCCUAACAUUUGGAGAAACUUUAGAAAUUCUAGUGUUUCUCAGCAGUGUUAAGAGUCAUUCCUCCAGUCGCGGGAAGGGAUUUUUGAGAGAGUAGCUCAUCUCCCUGCCCCCCCCCCAUCCCCCCAAUCCCAGUGGAAAGCUGAAAUUCUCAACACAGAGCUCCUCCCUACCUGGAUAGUCCCUUCCAAACCUUAUUGUGAAAUCCCUGGGCUUUGUUUUAGAAGGAAAUUGCUUUUCUUCACACUUACUUUUCAAAAUGUUCAAACCUUAGCUGCCAGAAACAAAAUGAUUUACAAUGAUUAUUAUGCCAAAGCCACCGUAUAUCUCGGAUUUUUCCCGGAUGACGUUUUUAAUAUUCUUUUAGUUCAUGCACCUUGAAUUUUGUUCAGAAUGAGAUCUCUCGCUCACACUCUUGAGUGUGAAAUACUGGAAAGUACUGUGGUGAUCAACCAACUGGCGCUCACCAGUUCCUGGAACUUAGAACUUAAUUCUGGAUUCUCCUCUGUAGUUUCAGGAGACUGCUCCUUUCCCUGGGGAGCUGAAAUCGUUCCUGGGGAGGCCAUGUGUUUUCAUGUGGCAACAGAGCGUGAACCUGGGCAAUAGCUCUUCCUUCUCAGAAGGCCUCGUUUAUACUACUGUUCAUACAUCAGGAAAAAUGAGUUUUAAGGGGUACUUUUUUUUCUGAAGAAGAAGAGAUUUCUAAAGUUACGUAGUAGCAGCAAAGCCUUCUAAGAAUAUUUUUUGGCAGGCUGAUAAAGGAUUAAAGAAAAGAAAAGAUACAGGCCCUGGGAGAGUGGUGUUAGCCAUCGGGACACCAUCCAGAUAUCAGUGCCCACAAACUGGGGGAGGAAACGGCCUUUACUGUUACUAUUCAAAAUGCUCUUCAUGUUCUUUAUCGGCAACCAAAAUGAUUUCCCUUUCAAGGUCUAGGCCAGUGGUCCGUGGGGGUGGCGUAGGGCUUCUGCCACAGGCCUGCCUUCCUUGAGGGGGGCCCGGGGAAGGGGCCCUGGGAAGUGCCCCGUGGCCCGCCCGGUGGGCCCUCGCCCCUCAGGGCCAAGGGCUCUGGGAGGCAAGAGGAGCGGGAACACGGGGUCGCGUGGCCCAGGUUUUCCCGGCUGUCAGUCUCCCAGCGUCCCCAGCUUUCCAGGUAGGGGCGCCCCCUCCCACGCAGCGCGGUUCGGGCGGGUGGGAAGGAGGGGCUGGGCUGCGAGUGCCCGCCCCUCCAUCUAUCACAUGGCCGGAGAGCCACAAAAACAACAGCUUUGGCCAAGACGGUGACUCCAGGAAGGGGAACGCAGGGCUCUCGCGGCGGGCCCCCACCCCAUGGAGGAGAGUUUUCUCGAAUCCUUCGGGAGGCUAAGCCUCCGGCAGCAACAGCCGCAGCCUCGGCCGCCCGCCCCGCCGCCCCCGCGUGGGACACCUCCGCGUCGCCACAGCUUUCGGAAACACCUCUACCUCCUGCGAGGCCUCCCGGGCUCGGGAAAAACUACACUGGCCAGACAAUUGCAACACGACUUUCCCAGGGCCCUGAUUUUCAGCACCGAUGAUUUUUUCUUCAGGGAAGAUGGUGCCUAUGAGUUCAAUCCUGACUUCCUGGAGGAAGCUCAUGAAUGGAACCAGAAAAGAGCGAGAAAAGCAAUGAGGAAUGGCAUAUCCCCCAUUAUUAUUGAUAAUACCAACCUCCACGCCUGGGAAAUGAAGCCCUAUGCAGUCAUGGCACUUGAAAAUAACUAUGAAGUUAUAUUCCGAGAACCUGACACUCGCUGGAAAUUCAACGUUCAAGAGUUAGCAAGAAGAAACAUUCAUGGGGUCCCAAGAGAGAAAAUCCACCGAAUGAAAGAACGGUAUGAACAUGACGUUACGUUUCACAGUGUGCUGCGCGCGGAGAAACCAAGCAGAGCAAGCAGAAGCCAGGACAGGAACAACGCCGCUCCUUCCGAUGGGGCAGGGUACUGGAACACCUAUGCCGAGCUCCCAAACCGGAGGGCUCAGGGCGGCUUCUCUAAUGAGAGCGCCUUUAACAGAAGGGGUGGUUUUCACCACGGCUAUUAGAGGUCUAUCCUACAGGCAUUCAAGAGUUUCCUAAAUCAGUUUUUACUUCCAUUUUGGGUAUUUAUUCUUUGUUUAGUUGUAGUCAGAGCUCUAUCCCAUGUAAAUAGUCAAAGCUGAAAGUUUUUGAGAAGUCAUUACAUCCCUCUUCAACAAGCAUUUGUUAAAGGGAUCCUAUAUGCAUGGUCUGAUGCUGGGAAUUCUGAUUUGAUUAAUCAGAGUUCCUUUCUCUAGGGAAAGAAUUAAUUUGAAAGUGAAACCUGAGAACAUACCCAAGAACAUAAUCAGCCACAUAGGUUCAUUAAUGAAGUGAAGUGUUUAUAAUAUAAAGCUUCAGUACCGCUGUCUCUGAAGCAGUCUAUUUUUUCAGGAAAUUCAUCUCUGUCAGGAAAGUUAGGAAGGUGGGGGAGAAGCAGGAGGCAGGAAAAAUUUUAGUGCCACUGCUACUUUGCUCACCCAUGUAUCCAAAAAUGUGAGAUGUGUGGCUGUAAUGAUGAUACUGAUUUUCCUUCACAAUGAAUAUGCCAGCAAGCAUACAUCUAGGGGAAUAUUGUCUUUCAAAGUAGAUAGUUUGGGAAAUUAUUCCUUUACUUUAGCUAUGUAUCAUUGUUAAAAAUGUCUGUGAAAAUCUUUCUUAAUAGCUUUACAAGCUGCUGAGGAAAAUCAGUGUCAUUGUUUAAAGUCGCAUCUUAUGUUUUAACUACCACUUUAUUGAACAGGGUUAAACCUGAAUAAUUUUGGCUGUUGAGCUAAUGGUGUAAAUAAAACAAGCCUGCCUUUAUAAAACACCAAUUUUUAAAAUUAAUAAUUAAGCAGUUUUUAAAAUUAUGCCUAUAAACCUGUGUAUAAUCAGUUGGCAGUCCCCAAAUUUGGGGUGUACAAGGAAUUAAGCAGCCCAGAAUGUACAUUACGUGGAGAUACGGAAAAGUCAUGCUUGACUUCAGAUGAGCAGGGUUGGUGUUUUAUGUGGCAUUAAGGCAAUGAAGUUCUACCACAAUUCCUACACUAAUACUGAAUUUAUGAAUCCAAAUUAAAUCUCACUAGGUUGGAAUCAGAUUAAUUUGGUGGGAGACCAUGAUAGAUAAGACCAGUCGGGGUGAAUGCUUUAUUUCUUGUUGGCCAACAGCUUCUUUCUAAUGUUUUGUGAAGUAUUAAGUGUCCUAUAUAAUGGUGCUUUUAUGGUUAUUAAAAUUAUAUACGGUAUUGCUUUA